AUGGCCCACCACCACCUUGGAGGACGCUCCAGGGGGGCCAAUGAUACCCCUACUGCCAUGAAAGCUGCUGUUAUUACAAUGCACCUCUUCUUUCAAGUUCCGUUCACCCAUAUUGAGGCCAAGACUGGUGUCUCUGAGUCUACAGCUACAAAGAUCUACUCCCGGGCACGGCAGGAUGCUGGGAAUGAGGAUUUUCAUGAUAUGCUUGCAUCUCUUUCACCCAAAUCAGAGCGCCCAGGAAGGGUACCAAAGGUCAAGCAAGGAAGCAAGCUAUCCCAUGAGAUCCGCCAAGAUAUAUUGCGAUGGGAGGACUAUAGGUUUGAAGAAGCUGCUGCACCGGCGCUCCACAAGCAUGGAGUGAAAGCAGCCAGAUCCUUAAUCGAACGCGUUGCCCAUCAGCAUACGGAUCCUCUCUGCCAUGGGCCAAUUGUACGUGGAAUUCCACCCAAGAAGCCAGCCCUCAAUGCCUCUCAAAAAGAAGCCCGAUUUGAGCACUGCUCCUGGCUUGAAGAUCUCAUCAAAAGGACCCAAGGAAAAGUCAUCAUUAUUUGUUCAGAUGAAUCACGAAAGCAAUUCGGGCCUGGCCAUUCUGGAGGAGGCAAAGCUAGAGUCUCUAGGCCUAUGGGAAAAGAUGCCAAUGAGUAUGCAAUACCCGAGAAAUCUGCCAAGUUCUCCUUCUCCUUUUGGGGUGCCAUGUGCUCAGAUGACCGCAUUCCAAGGCCUUGCAUUGUAUGGGAGCCAGAGUCUCAAGAGCAGAAGGAUGAGCUUGAAAAGAAGCUCAUCAAAGACAAUGAGGAUGCGAAGGAAAGGGCUGAGAGGUCUCAAAGGAAUGCCAACAUCCAAGGGACCUGGGAGUACAACCACAUGAAAUCAGUGAAUUAUAAGAUUCGAGGUGACAAUGAGCGCCUCACGCAGCAAGGAAUUCAAAAGGGAAGGCGCUAUACACGAAGGCCCGAGCAGGAGUUCAAAUAUGAGGUAUUCACUCGAGGAAAAGGCAAGGGUAUGGAUGCUGCUUGGUACGCCAACAAUAUUCUAAAGCUAUUGCUCUAUCCUUACUAUUUUGCUGUAUAAAAGCAAACCCGGAUAAAGAGGUCUG